CCGCGUCGCUGGCCUUGCGUUGCUUCCGGCUGAUGCAAGUCUACAUUUCACCAGUCUUGAGCAAGCCCGACAAGCUUGCCGCUGGAGAAGUGUACCUACCACCUACAACACGCUUUACAAGCGCACGCAGUAAAUCGAGCACACCGCAGCACAAGCGCCCAGAUGCCGCCCCGCCAACCGCACGACCCCUUCUCAAACGCACCUCUCCGCCCAGCGUCAAGCAACCCAUCCCUGCGCGACCGACAGUCUCAACAAAGUCUCCGUUCCAACGCCAGCAGUACUUCGGCUCGUUCACGCCAACAGCGUGACCUGUUGGCGCCGUCACGCUCGCGCAGACCAAUAAGUAGGGCCGCACAAAGGGUGGCUGAUGAGGUGCUCGAGGAUCCCGAGUCUGGCGAAAACGCCGGCCAGAGUCCGUCCAGAUCGACUAGGCAGGGACAAGGCUCGCCUGAUUUAAGGCAUGGCAGAUCGCGCGCGCGACAGCAGCAGGACGUGGAACCGGACAUUGUCAAUCGACAGGCAGACGGCGGAUAUCUAAUUGGUAUAAGUGCGGCUAACGACGGGCUGCGGUCAACUAUGCUACCACAGAGCAUGGUGGAGAGCGAGGAGGAAGCCGCCAAGGACGCAUACUACGCUGCUAUGGCGCGGCAGUACUUUGCUUCAGGGAUAGCUGUGCAAGGACGAGGAAGCAAGAAGCCCCAAGAAGACUUGGAAGGAGAAGCACACAACGCUUCUAUGCGGAUGCGUGAGCUGGCUCGCCAGAAGCUUGAUGAGGAACGAUGGAUGUUCGAGCCGCAGGAUCGCUUUCAUGCACACUUUUCGUGACAUUGUCCGGUGCCGAGGAGUACUGCACGUCUCUUGCAAAGGCACCCAAGUGCGGAGAACGACCCUGGGACGGUCAUCUACACCUGAGAAUUGACGGCGGCAUGCUGUCUCCUUACGUAAGCCGUUACCAGAUAUACCAAACGUACUAAGACAAAGCGAUCAUCGGAUGCCACCCAGUGGCUGGACGUCAGCGCCUCAGCUGCGGUAUUCGAAGUGGGUGGAUCUGCACACAACUGCUUUCUCUUUUAGCGUCAAUUUCUUAAAGGGUGCCGUAGGGCGUCAAAGGAAGCUCUGCCACCGACCGUAUCCAUGGGAGAGGUUCGUGCACUUGACCUGCUAUUCGACGCAUAUCGUCUCCAUGCCACAGCUAGCUAAGACGGACCAGUCGGGUAUGGAGUAGUUACGUGCAACGGGGAUGUUGUGCCGCAAACACCGUUGACAC